GGAUACCUCAUCCUUGAGAUAUUGACCUUGGUACUGCCAGCCAAAGAUACCUCAUCCACAAUCAAGCUAGCAACAAUGGAAGGAGCACUGAGGGCUUCUGCUUAUCCACCAUUUCACUUCACUCUGAGCUCCAAAGGGCUUCCAAUCNCAAUAAUAAAUUAAUAACCGUAGGUGCUGCACUGCUGUGUGAAAAGCUCUGGGUAAAAAAUGUGAGGUUAUUCCAAGCCGUUUGAAGUUUGAAUUCCGAAGUUUGAGUAACAAUGGAUACCUCAUCCUUGAGAUAUUGACCUUGGUACUGCCAGCCAAAGAUACCUCAUCCACAAUCAAGCUAGCAACAAUGGAAGGAGCACUGAGGGCUUCUGCUUAUCCACCAUUUCACUUCACUCUGAGCUCCAAAGGGCUUCCAAUCAUCCAAUUCCACAAACCCCAUCCACAAUUUUCCGCAAAGCCCUUUCCCCAAUCACCUCUCCGGACAACUCACUCGAAGAACGCAGGAUUCACGAUUUGCACCGCCAAAUCCACGGACAUCUCGGCCGAGCCGGAGAUCCCUGUUGACUUUGUCACAGAGGGUCAAACCCAAGGAGAGAGAUUUGAUUGGUAUGCAGAGUGGUACCCGUUGAUGCCGAUAUGUGAUCUUGACAAGAGGAGGCCCCAGGGGAAGAGGGUUUUGGGGAUUGAUCUGGUGCUGUGGUGGGAUAGGAACAUGGGGGAGUGGAAAGUCAUGGAUGACACUUGCCCUCACAGGCUGGCUCCUCUGUCUGAGGGUAGGAUUGAUCAGUGGGGAAGGUUGCAGUGUGUGUAUCAUGGGUGGUGCUUUGAUGGCUCUGGCGAUUGCAAAUUCAUCCCUCAAGCUCCCCGGGAUGGGCCUCCGGUUCAUACAUCCAAAAGAGCAUGUGUGGCUGUUUACCCAAAUUGUGUACAAAAUGGCAUUCUUUGGUUUUGGCCGAACACAGAUCCUGUAUGUAAAGACAUAUUCAUGAAGAAAAAGCCACCUUAUAUCCCGGAAAUUGACGAUCCUUCAUAUACCAAAUCAAUGAUAGCUAGAGACCUACCUUAUGGGUACGAAGUUCUGAUUGAAAAUCUUAUGGACCCAGCUCAUGUUCAUUAUGCACAUCAUGGCAUAAUGAGGCUUCCAAAGACCCCAAACAGAUAAGACCCAUAUCCAAAAUACUUCUUUGUGGUAUACUUUUUCUAGUCUUUAUAUGCCUGACAUCCAGAUUCGUGCACUUUAAAGGCUGAUAGAGAAGGAGGCAGACCACUUCAAAUUAGUAUUACACAACUAGAUGUUAAUGGAAUCAAAGCAGUGCAGGCUGUGGGUUAUAACACUUUUGCACCUCCUUGUGUGUACUAUGGGUAUUACAAUCUUGGGGCAAAUGCGUCUAGUCAAUCCACUUCAUCACCAAAGGCCACUGAGGAGAAAUCUUUAAAUAGAAAGCAGAAACAAGCUUUAUUAGUUUUCUAUUGCAUCCCUGUUAGUCCGGGAAACAGUAGGGUAAUAUUUGCUUCACCAAGAAACUUUGCUGUUUGGAUGGAAAGAGUAGUGCCACGCUGGGUUUUUCAUAUAGGACAGAAUCUAAUUUUGGACUCAGAUUUAUAUCUUCUCCAUGUCGAGGAACACAAGCUAAAGGAGGUUGGCCCUUGUAAUUGGCACAAAUCUUGUUAUGUACCAACGAAGGCAGAUGCCGUUGUCGUUGCCUUUCGAAGGUGGCUAAAUAAGUUUGCAGGCGGGCAAGUCGAUUGGAGAACAAAGUUUAGUGGAGUGCUCCCACAAUCUCCUCCUAGGGAGCAGUUGAUGGACCGGUACUGGAGCCAUACCGUGAAAUGCUCCAGCUGCAAUUUGGCAUAUAAAAGUUUGAAUGCGCUCGAGGUUGCAUUACAGGUGAUCUCCAUUGCUUUUAUUGGAAUUGCUGCUGCAUCUAAGCAGGGUUUAAUGUCAGCGGUGGCAAGAAAUAGUUUGAUAGCCACUUCAGUGCUAUGCUUUCUGGCUUCCAAGUGGUUAUCAAACUUCAUUUACAAAAUUUUCUGCUUCCAUGACUAUGACCAUGCUUUCCGCUGAAAUCCAGUGCAAUCUCGAAUUAUUCAGUGGAAGUUUUCAUGAAGCUAUAUACAAUCAUCAUUGUGUAUUUACCUAUAUACAACAUAAUAUACUUAAGCUUUUUCCCUUUUUUAGUGGAAAUAAAACUCUGUACUUUUUUUAAAGGCCCGUUUGUUGAGUUUUGUAAGUUUGAUAUGAUGAGUUUUGAAAUCUAAAAGACAUUAUGUGGGUUUUGAGAUUUGAAAUGA